AUGUCAUACGCUAUGGAUAAAGCGUUGAUGGCUCUAUCGUUGGAAGAGGAAGAUGAACCGUUCGUUAUGCCUGAUCUUCCACAGUACAAAUCGUGUGAAAGAAACUCUCGAAGUAUUAUCGGAAGGAUUCUUAAUCCAGACUGCCAGAAGAUGCCGGGUUUGAUUCGCGAGAUGCCAAGAACGUGGCAGAAGCAAGGGAAAGUUAGAGGAAUAGCUUUGUCCAAGGAACGGUUCCAGUUUGUUUUUGAUCAUGAACAUGAUCUGCUGGAGGUUCUAGAAAAAGGUGUUCAUACCUUCAACGACUGGACUUUAGCGAUUGAUCGAUGGGUGGAGAAGCCUCCUGAGGAUUACUUACAGUUCAUCCCUUUAUGGGUUCAAAUCAGAAAUCUCCCUGUCAAUUAUUAUACGAAGGAAGCUAUUACCGCUCUUGGUGAGAAGAUAGGUGCAGUCAAGGUGGUUGCUUUUGAUCCUGACAAGCCACAAGUGCAAGACUAUGUAAGGAUCCAAGUACGAUUCGAUGUCUCCAGACCACUACGGAAAUCAAAAGUUGUUAAUCUUCCGGAGGGAGGCUCUGCAGUGGUUCUCUUUAACUAUGAGAGAAUAAGGAAGCGAUGCUAUGAAUGUCAAAGAUUGAACCACGAAAAAGAUAUUUGUCCACUUCUGAAUAGGAAUCGGGAGGCUGCUGCUCUGAGGAGUAAGCGGGUUAUCAUGGACAGUCACAGAAAUGAAGUCAUCUUGCAUCAAGACGAUCCUCUGUUUGGGGUUCUUUCUGAAGAUCAAGUUGGAAUUUGCAAGAUGACAGGAAGAAGGAAAAUAGCGCCUGAGGUUUUGGAAGAAAUGAGAAGAUAUUUAUUAAUGGCAACAGAGGAAGAUAAGAAGAUUAGAAUUGACCGGGUCAGAUCAUCAGUAGCUGAAGCGGAGAAGGACCCUUUUCUGCAGAAGACAAUGUUGCGCCUAGAAACUGCUCCGACCUUUACCAAUCAAAUUGACAGAGGAAAGGGUGUUGUCUAUGAUUUCGACCUUAAUACUUCCGCUGAGCCAAGAUUGGAAGACAAAGAUUCUGCUGACAAACUGAUGGCUUCUGCAAUCAAAGCUAAUAUCGCAGGUAGCUUGGUUCAUCGCUGGGAAGAUUUGAGGGUAUCAGAUAGAAAGGCGGAUCUUGGGAGUAUUGUUCAUCAGGCCUUCCUUCCUCAUGAACCUUCCUCGUCAAGGGUGUCAGAGAGAGGUCAUGAUUCGACAGCAAGCUUACAUGGGAACUCUACGGAAUAUGGUCCUGGAUACUUUGUGUCCAAGCCAUCCGGGGUUGUCCACAAAAGCUCUAAAUCGAGGAGAAGACCUUACAUCAAGAAAAGACGUGAACAACAAGGUCAGUCAUCAGGAAUUCUUCACCAGUUCUACGGUGAAAACGAAGGAGCAGAGAAGAUCGGUUCUAAAAGAAAGGCGGAAGACGCUAUUUUGAAGGGUGACAAAAUGGCGCGACUCAAAGAAUCAAGGGUGGUCCCAAUGGAGGGACUGCCGAAGCCUCAAUGA